AUGGCGAUGAAGUUGAAGACCACCAUAGGAAUGACAAGUGUGAUCGCGUAUCUUCUCACGCUUGGCACGUGUAGCGGUCGGCUACGAGGUCUUGGCACGACACCCAAUAUCAAGCACAUAGUGAUGGGAAGAUGCUUCAAUUAUAUCACUCUAGUCAAUCCCAGCAUGAGAUACGACUGCGAAGCAAUCUGGAGCGCAUUUGAGGAAGCGGUGGUGAAACAGGCUUCCUGCGACGUAGCCAUGGAGCACUAUCGCCACAUGUUCCUAGAAAUGCCGCAAACGUGGGCGUGCGAUAGGUUCCUGUUCUGGAGCAAAACAAAGAAGCUGAUUCAAGACUAUACGGCGGUAGCGCGUCAUUUCUGGACGCUGGAGGACACUCUAGCAGGCUACAUGUUUAAUGACAUCAUCUGGUGCCGCCAACAGGAAGACUCGGAAUUUAAUUUCAGGUCGUGUCCUGAAUGGUCGGCCUGUUUAAAUCAUCCUGUUCACUCUUUGUGGAGGCAAGCUUCCAAAAAUUUCGCGGAGAUGGCUUGCGGUAAUAUCACAGUGCUGCUCAAUGGCUCCAUUGAAAACGCUUUCAACACAAACAGCAUGUUUGGAAGUGUGGAGCUAGACAAUUUGAACCCAGUUAAGGUCAACUACGUUAACAUCAAAGUGGUGACCAAUCUGGACGGCCCGUUCAUAGAAUCCUGCGGUAGUGGAUCAAUUCUGGAUUUGAUUCACAUUUUACAGUCAAGAGGAUUCCGCUGGACGUGUUCGGACAAUGACCGGAUUCUGAAAAUCCUGCAGUGCGUCCAGAAACCGGAACACUCGGUGUGUAGGACGUUUGCCGAGAGCCUGACACAACGGGAGACCACGCUUCGGUGA